AGGAAGCAAGAAUGAAGAGAAGAACAAAGAAGAAAAAAAUGAGAACAAGAAAGGGAAACAAGGAGAAGAAAAAGGAGAAGAAAAGACACGGAAAAAAAGAGGAAAGGAUAAGCUUCCAAUGUACUUGCGUUCACCUUUCAUGGUUGAACAUGAAAAACUUUUCAAGAAUGUGGACAAUAGAAAGGUAGCUGAGUAUGCGUUUGCUCAAGGAGAUAAUAAGGAGCUUUUGUAUGCUGAUAACAUGGGGACAACGAUUACGAGAGAUGAGAUUCAUAGUCUCAUAGAAGAUAAGCACAUGUUGAACAAUGUUGUGGAUGCUUAUGUUUGCCUAUUGAAUUUUGAAAAUAAAAGACGUGGUGUAGACAAGAAGAGUAGAUUCUUUUUCAGUACUGAAUGCUAUCUCAUAUGUUGUACAGAAAAAUACUUCAAAUCAAAUGAAAGGCAAGAUGAUAGAAUGAAGGCUUUGUUUGAUAGAAUGCAACAAGAAAUGACAACGACCGAAGUAACAAGCUUCAAAAGCAUUCAAUUGGUUUUCUUCCCGGUCGUUUUACCAGAUCACUACUAUUUGCUGUGUGUCAACUUUGUGGAAGGAACAUUUGAUUUGAUUGACAACAGAUUUCUUCCACCAAAUAUUCCUUUUCACAAUAAAUAUGGAAAUUACCAUAGAUUAAUGUUGAAUGCAUUUGCUGAUUUCGUUCACUCAAUUGACUCAAAUAUAAAGAGUGACUUUGUAUCCUCCUUCAAAACAAGAAACUUGAGUAUGUCAUGGAAGAGCAAUAAGAACAAACAUGAUUGUGGAGUGUUCCUGUUGAAGCACAUGGAAACAUAUGAAGGAGAAUCUGUAAAACAAUGGAAUUCGGGACUAGAAUUAGACAAUUUUGACCAAAUGAAAAAAUUAAGAGUGGAGUAUUGUGGGAAGAUAAUAACAGCAGAAGUAAAUGAAGAACGGAACAAAGUGAUUAGGAGAUCAAAAAAGUGGUCAAAGGAGAACAAAAUGGAUAUAUGAUUGUUAAGAUCUUAAGUUUAUAUUUGUAGAGAGAUAUUUGCAAAGAAUAUAACAGUAAUUUUUUAUGUUCUAUGUAUUUACCUGUUACAAGAAAUAUAUUGUUGAAUCAUAUUAAAUGCUAAAAUUUUA